UAACACGCAUAACAGUACCAGCGGAGAGUGCGCGCGCGCUGCAUUUGUGUCUAUAUUCCUAUAAAAAAUACACCGUUAAAUAUACAGCUUGCACUUGACGAUUCGCGACAUAAGUACCGUGCCGGGAACGUAGAUGGAUUAGUGCUCCAAAAUGAGGAAUAUAAUCAUUUUGUUCGUAAUAUGUUGUGUGGCGCCAGUUGUUUUGCCGGCUAAGUACAUACCCAAGUGGAAGAAACAGAGUGCCCUGCAGGCGUGCGAGCUGCCGGCGGUUCAGAGCGAGCACAGCCACUACGUGUGUGACGACAAGGGCGAGCCCAAGUGUCUGCCUGGCUGGCAGGGAGACCUCUGUGACGUGCCCAUAUGCAAGAAAGGAUGCGAUCCUCUGCAGGGUUAUUGCAAGCGGCCGGGCGAGUGCCGCUGCAAGCUGGGCUUCUACGGGGAGAAAUGCAACAAGUGCAUCCCGCUGCCGGGCUGCCAGCACGGCUACUGCAACGUCUCCUUCGAGUGCAUUUGCAGGGAGGGGUGGGACGGACUCUUCUGUUCUGAACCAAUUUGCCGUUCCGACUGCCACGCCACCCGCGGUUACUGCGAGACGCCCGGCGAGUGCCGUUGUCGCCUCGGCUGGUCCGGGCCCACUUGCCGCGCCUGCCAGCCCCUACCAGGCUGUCAGCACGGCUACUGCGACAAGCCUCUAGAGUGCAAGUGCUCGCCAGGGUACACUGGACUGCUUUGCCAGACUCGUAAGUGUCAAAUACUUAUCAUGGUUAGAGUCUCAGCUACUAGAGGUUACUGCGAGACGCCCGGCGUGUGCCGUUGUCGCCUCGGCUGGUCCGGGCCCACUUGCCGCGCCUGCCAGCCCCUACCAGGCUGUCAGCACGGCUACUGUGACAAGCCUUUAGAGUGCAAGUGCUCGCCAGGAGUCACAGCCACCCGCGGUUACUGCGAGACGCCCGGCGAGUGCCGUUGCCGCCUCGGCUGGUCCGGGCCCACUUGCCGCGCCUGCCAGUCCCUACCAGGCUGUCAGCACGGCUACUGUGACAAGCCUUUAGAGUGCAAGUGCUCGCCAGGAGUCACAGCCACCCGCGGUUACUGCGAGACGCCCGGCGAGUGCCGUUGUUGCCUCGGCUGGUCCGGGCCCACUUACCGCGCCUGCCAGCGCCUACCAGGCUGUCAGCACGGCUACUGCGACAAGCCUUUAGAGUGCAAGUGCUCGCCAGGGUACACUGGACUGCUGUGCCAGACUCGUAAGUGUCAAAUACUUAUCAUGGUUAGAGUCACAGCCACCCGCGGUUACUGCGAGACGCCCGGCGAGUGCCGUUGCCGCCUCGGCUGGUCCGGGCCGACUUGCCGCGCCUGCCAGCCCCUACCAGGCUGUCAGCACGGCUACUGCGACAAGCCUUUAGAGUGCAAGUGCUCGCCAGGGUACACUGGACUGCUGUGCCAGACUCGUAAGUGUCAAAUACUUAUCAUGGUUAGAGUCACAGCCACCCGCGGUUACUGCGAGACGCCCGGCGAGUGCCGUUGCCGCCUCGGCUGGUCCGGGCCCACUUGCCGCGCCUGCCAGUCCCUGCCCGGCUGUCAGCACGGCUACUGCGACAAGCCUCUAGAGUGCAAGUGCUCGCCAGGGUACACUGGACUGCUGUGCCAGACUCCAAUUUGCGCUGCCGGUUGCCACAAUGAGCGAGGUUACUGCCGGCGGCCGGGCGAAUGCCGCUGCAAGGUCGGCUGGACCGGCCCGUCGUGCGCCCAGUGCCAUCCGUACCCAGGCUGCGUGCACGGGACGUGUGAGAGGCCUUGGGAGUGCACGUGUGAACCGGGAUGGGGCGGCAUGCUGUGUGAUGAAGAGUUGAACUACUGCGACAAGAACCCGGACACGUGCAAAAACGGCGGCAAGUGUCAGUCACUAGAAGCUGGUGACGGUCACUACCGCUGUCAAUGCCCCGCCGGCAUCAGCGGUCGCAACUGCGAGAAGACGCCGGACGUUCCGACCACGCCGGAGAACGUCACCGACGCUACCGAUACCGUUACGGCGAACGUGGAAACCAGCCCCGCUAGCGUCGAAACCGCCACUGAACCUGACAAUGUUGACAAUGAAACUGAGUAACUUUUAUUGGCUAUUUGGCCUUGACAUCGCAUUUAGUCCUUCGUAUUGGCACAUUUUGUUUCGAGGUCAGGUGCUAUGUGGUUUUAUGACACAUCUAAUACUGUAAAGACUGAAAACUAGUAAAAUGUCUUUUUUGUAUGAACGUUCAGUAGAGUUCUAUAUCUCUGCGAACGGUUUUGAUCUGUUGUGAUCUAUGUUCUUUUUCCAGUAGUCCCGGUUCUGCAUAGUGUAGUAUUUCUGGGCUUAUUCCACUAUUCCCCAUUGACAAUCCCCGUCAACGGAAUGCCAAUUGGAGCUUAUAAAAUCAAAACAAAAUCCUAUUAUAACGGGGAUUAAUGAACUUUUUGUUCACUAAUCCCCGUUAACGGGGAUUGUCAACGGGGAAUAGUGAAAUAAGUCUAUUUAUUGGGGACGAUGUAUCUUACUUCGUCUGGACCUAAGAUGCAUACCCAGGUGUAAGCCAUGUUUGUGUACAUCAUAGGUCUGCAGACAGUGAGGCUAGGUAGAGCCUCGUGGAAAGUUUCAUUCGCUAUAACAUAUUUUACGUUACUACAUAGGUUAAAACUUGAUUUGUUCUGUAGUUUCAUUCAUGAAGAUUUCUUGUGUUGUGUAAUAAUGAUCAAUAUGUUCGCGUUUAGAAACAUCUUAGUCUUGUAAAUAAAUACAUAAAGUAUUUCUAUUAAAAAGAUCUCUAUUUCUAUUGAAAUAAUCUUUGUAGAUCUUGAAAUUCAGAAAAAGCUUGGGAAUAGUAAUGUAGGUUGCGAUUCCGUGAUAUUAUGCUCAUUCUUCGUGAAAAAAUUGGCAUUUGUAACAGUAUUUCUGGAAUCUGACGCCGAAUUUGUAUGCUGAAGUUUCUAAACGCGAACGUAGCUUGCAAAAAUAAUUGUAUGUGUGAUUGUAAUCAGUGAAUUUAUUUAUUUGGAAAGCU